AUGAGGACGAAGGAGGACGAAGGAGGAGCGGUAUUUUGCACGCAGACAGAACAGCUGCAACAGCAGCCGCAAGGUCAUCUGGCACAAACGUUCAAGACAUGCGCCGAGGCGAAGGCGCAUCCAACGCGACACGACGACCGGCCGGCCGGCGAUCGUCGCCUGUGUACUCUUUUACUGGAACGUUUACGUCACAUCGUUAAAUGGGUCAGAGCCGUCGGAUCGCAUACCAGUGUUGCACCGCCGAGCGCUGUACGAAGAAGCACCGGCUGGUCGUCGACGUCGACUACCGUAAACGCUAGUCGCUGUCAGGGGCACCGAGGACGACCAUCCGGUGUGCGAUGA